AUGGACACCCCCAUGUCGCCGACUUCGAAGGAUGCGGAUGUCUUCCAGACCCAGCUGAGGCUUGUCCGGGAGCAGACCGCCCACUGCAUCAAGGACCUCAAUGCCUUGAGGGCGGAGGUGAUGACGUUGAAGUCGGACCAAGAGUCUCAGCGGCUGAGCCAGGGAGCUGCGGUGAGCAGCCUGGACGGCAAGCAGCUUGAAACAAAGAACCAGCUGGAACGAGAGAUGCGCUAUCGAGACACCUCCUUCCAGCAGCAGGUGCAGAAGGUGUCGGAGUUGGAGCAGGACAUGCCAUCGCUGCAGGAGCAGAUUAGCCACAUGAAGGAGCAGUUCCGCGUCCUGGAGAUGGUCUGGCAUCCUCACAUCGAGGAGAUCCAGGCAUCCCACUUGAAGCACGUGGAGAAACUGGCCAAGCUGGAGCAGAAGACUGCAGAGCUCGACGGGAGCUUCGCCGUGCACGCUGGUCGACACAAGGAGCUCGAGGUGCAUCAGCAUGCUCUUCGCCAGCAUCUCGACGACGAGAAGGCUACAUGCGACCACACUAUUCAGGACCUGCAUGCGAAGCUGUCGCGGCAUGGUGUGCAGCACUCGACUGUGCAGGAUCGCGUGGACUACCUCGAAAGGCUCAUGGGUGGCUCGGCGGAUCGGCAAGCGAAGGGCCACAUGCCCUUCACAGAUCGCAUGGAGUACCUGGAGCAAUUCAUGGGCGACUCCUUGGGCAAGCACGACAAGGAGCUGGCGGCCACGGCUGCCAAGGUCGGAGACCAUGCGGACAAGCAUGGAAAGGUCUGA